AUGAUUUGGUGCGUCCCCAUCCCGGAGAAUGGCGUGGUGGUCAGCCGCCUCCUGCCCAACCCUUCCGUGGUCUGCUGGUCUGACGACCACAUGGCCUCCGCCGGCGUCGCCAUGGUAGGGUUGGGUGUUUGGUGUUUCGGGAUCCCCGUGACGUUGGCCGCUCGACUGCUUUGCCUCCGCGACAGACAGGCUCCCGAGAACUUCAGGCGAUUUGGCUAUUUCUUCCAGGGUCUGGAAGCGCAGUUUUGGUGGUGGGACCUCAUCGUCAAACGUUUGGAUGUGGCGCUGAUGAUGCUCGUCACCUACACGUCGUUCGUGUUGGACCCGAAGGCCAAGCUCAUGCUGUUCCCGGUCCUCUCAGGUGUGCAGGUUUUUCUGGCCGCCUGGAUCCGACCAUACGCAAACGAUCAGGCAGAGAUUCUCGAUGUCGUGGAGGUCACGCUUUCCAUGAUUCGUUUUCUGCUGUUCAGUGCGGUGGCUACGCUUCUGGUUCUGCAGCCGCCGGCGAACACGACGCAUAUGGUGGCCUACACGCUGUUCAUGGUUCUUCUGCUAGCGUGCGUCUACUUCACUGCGCACUUUACGGCCCAGGUGCUCCGGGAUGUGGCGGUUGGCCCCAGUCCUGCACAGCCUGGCUCCAGGUUCUCCAAGGCUUCAGGUGCCAUCAAGAGCUUUGUCCUCAAACUGGCUUUGCCUUUGUUCACAGAGGCAGAGUCGGACUCUCUGCAGCUUGCCUGGUCCUUCUUGUCCGAGAAAGUCACGGUGACGAUGCCAACUUCUGCCUCCAGGAAGGCACGAUUGACCUCUUGGCAGACGGCUGCCAGCAAAUCACGCACUAAAGCAUUGCUGGCGCUUGCAAAGCUCAGCAAGAAUGUCUUGCGCCAUGGGCCUCAGUUCCAGCAGGCCACCAUCUUGAAGGCCUGUACUUGCAAGCCAGCAUGA